CCUCUUCAGCAGCAGUGAACAGUGCUCGAACUCACCACAUCUACCCAACACACCAGGGCUUCAGUUCUACACUAGAGAGAGUCGGUCGGUGGGAACCUUGACUAGUCACGUAUUCUCGUGGCCAUACAUUAGGGGACGUUACUAGUGACCUGCGCUCUGUGUUCUAGCCUGGAAGCCGUUCUUACUAGGACCCCCCUCGUUCUCACUGAGUGCGCGCCCCUGCGUCGACGUCAGGCGAUACUCGUCAAUACUGGUAGCCCCCUUAGGUCCAUAGCCAGUGCUGACACGCCGAAUUGGAAGAAUAUCGUAGCAAUGAAUUGCGCGGUCCAGUGGAUGGCGCUACUAGCGCUCCUCUUGACCAUUGGGUGUAUGGCCGCGGAAGCCAGUCAUGCCGCAAAACCCGCCCCGUCCUCCGAGCUUCCCGAGUCUCUCCCGACGAAUCGUCGCCUGCUGUCGCCGACGAGCCGUCGCCUGUUGUCGCCCAACGGCUUCAGCGACAGCGACAUGGCGGCGAUGCACGAUAGCAUGUGGCGCUGGCGCAACUCCAUGGACCGCUCCCGCCACAAGGGCGGAAUGAUGGGCGGAAGAGGCGGAAUGAUGGGCGGACGCGGCGGACGGGGCGGAGCCGGAAAAGAAGCCGCGGAGAGCGAAUCUUUCCCCGAUGCCGAUUGCGGCGGCGGCGGAGACGGGGGGAGUCAGGAGGCCCCACAUCUGGAGCUGAUUCGACGAAGCAUGCGAGCCGUUGGAUUGAUUGGCGGAUCAGGCGGAGAUGAGAGCGCCACAACCACGAGCGUCGGAAGCAGUGGCAUGAUGCGCUUCGGCGGAAGACGCGGGAUGGAUUUCCCACCCAUGCACAUGCACCAUGGCCGCAUGCACGUGCCUUUGGUGGGUAUGAGUAUGGGUAUGGGUAAUAUGCAUGGGCACCCGAUGCACUUCCGGGCGGAUGUCGAACCUCCCCGCGAUGUUCCUCUUCGGGAUCAUUCUCCCUGCGCGUUUUUCUCAUCCAUCUGCGACUUCUUCCGCCGUCUAUUUGGCGUGCCCUCUCCCGCAAUCGAGAUGCCUCCAAACGAGGACACUCCAGUGGGGUUUGCUGGGAACAGCGCGCAGUUUCCGCGGAGGAUGAUGCGCGGGAGAGCAGCGAUGGACGCGUCAUCGAUGAACACUUAUGACGCGUUAAAGAGCAGCCUCGCUAAUGGUCUUGUGCUCGAGAACGCUCAGGAGCAUGACAUGAACGACGUGCCUGGCAUGGGGGAAAUGAUGGGUGGGGAUGGUAUGAUGAUGGAAGGGGAUGAUAUGACGAUGCAGGGUGGCAGCAUGAUGAGUGAGAAUGAAAAUAUGAUGAUGAUGGAGGAUGGUAUGGGCGGGAUUCAGACGGAUGGCAAUGAGAUGCAGGACAUCAUGGAGGGUAUGAUGGGAGGAAACAGGAUGAUGUUGAGAGGUGGCAAUGCAUAGCUAAUUUCAUUCUCUGGGUGGUUGUAUCUUAUGGCUCUAGCUGGAUAUGACUUCAUAGUGAGU